CCGGGCUCGAACGAGCUUUGGAGUUAAAACAUCGGGGCCGCAAGGCUUCGAUCAAUGACGUCCUCAUCCGCAGAAGUCCGGAGCUAAAGGGCUCCUGCGAAUCAGCUUACGCGGUGCUCGAAAAGCAGUACUGUUUUCAGCAUUCUUGUCCCAUUGAUUCGAUUCGGAGCCCUAUUUCCUCGAUAUAUUCUUGAGGCUAGACGAAUGAAAGACGCUGCUCGGCGAAGCACGGCAGUCACUCAAGGUCACGUCAGGUCUUACCUUGGGAUCCAUAUUCAGCGCUGGCGCCCUUGCUUAGCAGCAACGCGCAAACUCGCAUACCUGUUGACCUGACUUCCUGUCCUCGCCGAAUAUCCUCACGAUAAAAAUUGCAUUGCCGCUCAGCACGCGCACGUUUCGAAGUUGAAAAUGAAGCUUUCGCGAGAGCAGACGCAGACCAGAUUCUUGGCUAUUAUUCUGCCCGCGCUCACGUUAUCGACACAUCUGCUACUAUCACUCUCCUUCGCAUUACCAGGCAACGACAAGACAUGGGCUUUCUGGUCACUCACAUAUAAUGGGUUGGCGGCUUGGGCCAGCGUUCUUGGGCUGAUAGGGGCAUUGAGGCUAUGGCCAAAGCUCGUGUCAGCUUACACCCUCGUCCACGCCACGACAUUAUCCUUCGUCACUCUCGCGCUCCUAAACACUCUCCUACCAUUCGACCUCCGUUACAUGAAUCCAGUGAUUCCGAGUUGGCGGAUAGAUGAGACAGCGAUAUGCCGCGACAUUGAUGCCGGCUUCGGUUGGGACGAGGACUGGCUCAUGCAAUGCUCGAAGAACUUCGACAUGGUGCAAAUGGGUGCUGCGUGUGGCAAUUCUGUGCUUGUGAUCGCGCAGUGGUGGGCGUUGUUCACCGUAAAGGGCUGGAGCACCGAGUUGCAGAACCGAGGGCCGAGUAGGAGCGACAUCGAGAAAGCAAGCUUUCUGGCCGAGAAUGACAGCUAUGUACUUGGGGAGAAGCGUGGAUACUGAGAGAAAAGACAGUAUGUAGCGUAAUGACCAAAUGACUAACGAUUAUCGUUUCCCACGCAUAGCGG